CUAUUUUUGUUGAUUUUGUUUGCCGCUGACUCCAAUCACACGCUCCUGUCGAAAUGGUGUGGUUCCCGCGCCCGCCCCUACCAGCUGCAUCGCGUCUUUUAUGCACCUAAUUGACGUAUACUAGUUAAGUAUCAUGUUUGGGGCUCCGAUCCCGGUGCCAAGCCAGGCUCCACAACAAACACAAUUAUUUUCCGGCACACUGCCCCAAGGUGGGCUCAGCUUAUAUUACCGGCCACUCAACCCAUCGGACACGGAGGCUCUUAAGGCUAUCCACCGGGACCUCUUUCCUAUCGACUAUGAGGAUGUCUUCUUCCGGAAAGCGGUACUGGGGCAAGACCGCGUGUUCUCCUGGGCUGCCGUACACAACGAGUACGGUAGGGAGCACCUUGUGGGCUUCGUGACGGCGCGGCUGGUGUACAUGUACGAGUGCGACCCAUUGGACCGGCAAGUCAUGGGUCUGUCCAGCAAGGCUCUGGACGGGCAGGCGGGUGUGUACGUGCUGACGCUGGGGGUGGUGCCGGGCUGCCGCAAGGGCGGCGUGGCGAGGCACCUGCUGGGGCUGGUGGCGCAGCAUGCAGCACGGCUGAGGGCCCGCGCCAUUUUCCUGCACGUGAUCAGCUACAACGAGGCGGCCAUGCGGCUGUACGGCAGUAGCGGCUACAGCCCAGUGGCCCGACUGCCCAACUUCUACCACCUGACUACGGGGCGGCAGCCCACGCCCGAGCAGGCCUGGUACGAUGCGUACCUGUACGCCACCUUCCUGCCCAUGUCGGGCGCCGACGGCGCCGACGGAGCGGCUGGCGGCGGCGCCGCCAUGCAGUGGGCCCUGGGCGGCGUGUUGGGCGCGGCGGUGGCGCCGUUCCGCAACAUGUUGGGCACCGUGGUGAACGGCUGCAUGCCAGGCUGGCUGUGCAGGCAGAGCUACCCACAGGCGGCGUUCCUGCCUCUGGGCUCCCCGCCCUCCGCCAACACACCGCCGCCGCCUCCCCCGCCGCCGCCGCCACAACCGUCACACCAGCAGCCGUACCACCAUCAGCAACAUCAGUACCAGGCUUUCCAGCAGCACCAGCAGCACCAGGGCGGCUCCGUGCUGCUGCCUCGCAGCGCCUCUAAAAGCAGCUUAGCUGACACGGCUAGCUCCGGAUGGCAGCGGCAGCACCAGCAACAACACCAGCAGGCGCAGCACCAGCAACAGGAGCAGCCAGUGCCGCUGCCGCUGCCGCCGCCGUCGCCCACACCGCGGCCGCAACGCGGCGGGCCGGGGCCGCAGCACCACCCGCACCAAGCACAACACCACUCGCACUACAACCACCUGCACCAGCAGCAGGCGCAGAACGGAGGUGGCUCAAGGUCGGGCUCGAGCUCUCGCACGCAGUUUGUGGCGGCGCCGGGGGAUUACGGAGCAGGCACCGGGGCAGGCGGGGUUGGGGGUGGGCGCCCGGGAAGCGGCGGGAAAGAGCGCCGUACACAACACCAACACCAGCACUUGCAGCCGUGGCAACAGGGACCCUCGGGCCCCGGGAGACAGCCGCACAGCGGCGACUGGCUCCCUUCAGAAGGCCACGGCAGCGGCGGCACCGGUGCAGGCGGCAGUGGGAACGGGUACGGGCCACGAGCGCCCCUGGCGUCACCCUCUGGCGCGGGUGGCGGUGGCUCUGGCGGCGGCGCCUGGGGUCAGCAACAGCAGCCGUUGGGUGUAGGGGCUAUGGAGGUGGAUGGGUACGGAACCGGCGGCGGCAGCGGCUACGGCAUCGUGUGUUCCAACUUCGACCCGCACACGCCGCUGCAACAAGCAGGCCGGCCGCAACCCAAUGCUGCGGGCUCGUCCGGGGCGACGUACCUGCCACACGCGCACGGCGCAGUGUACGGAGUUGCAAUGUUGGGCAGUGGCGGCAGCGGCGGCGGUAGCAGCCAAUGGGGUCAACGCGUGCUGCUACAGCCGCCGAACCCGACGGAGCUACCGAUUCAUCCGAUUCACGGGAGCAUGGGCAACGGAUCCCACCACAACCAGCAGCAGCAGCGGGCUCCGGGUGCAGCAAGUAAUGGUGGCGGCGUGGGAGCAGGGGGCGUGGUGGGGCAGCACGGGUGGACGCAAGCGGCGCCGCAGUGGUACGCGAACGGGAACAGAGCCGGCGGUGGGGGCGGUGGUGCCGCUGCAGGCGGUGGAUAUGGGUCAGCAGGGAGCAGCGGGCACGGCUCUACCGGGAUAGGCAACGUCAAUGGCGUGGGAGGCUGGGGCGGAGGGCCUGGCACGUCGUCUCAGCACUUGCAACAGGCGCAGGUUUACCAACAACAGUACUACCAGGGGCAGGACGGAGCCAGCGGCGGCGGAGUGAGUCCACUGUACGCCGCCGCGCCGCACCAGCAGCCCUUGCAGGUGCCGAGCGGGCUGGCGGGCGGCGGGCUGGCGCAGGAGCUGCCGACGAGCGGGGGCGGGGGCCAGCAGCAGCAGCAGCAGCAGCAGCGGCAACAGCCGUACCAGCACCGCUGGCAGCCGCGGCCGCGGCAGCGGGCGGGGACGGGGGCGCACCAGGCAGGUGGGGGAGGCGGAGGCCACACAUUGCUUGGGUCGCUGUUCCGGCCGCCUGGCAGCACGCCACAACCGCAGCAGCAGCAGCAGCAGCAGCAGCGGCGGCAGGCGCCAGUGCAGAACGGCUGGUGAUGGCGAGCGGCCAUGCGGUGAGGUGCGACGCGGUGUGGCGCGAUGAAAGUCUUGAUUCAUUGCGCGACGAUGGUGCUUUGUGGGCGAGAGCGGUUUAUUGCAGGGUGGGGGACCGCCGCCGCGUGAUGGCUGCCUGGUCAGGGAUGCCUGAAGGUCAUGUGAGGUCCGUGCUGGGAGGCGCCUGCCGGUCAGACCUAGUCUGUUCAGCGCUAGCCCUCUUACACCGGUAGGCGUAUACAAAACACAUGGUGCUUCGUGUGGGAACGCGGCGAGUGCAGUAUGGCCUCGGAUGCCCCCGGUCGACUGGACAGUGACAGUCCGCUGGCGAAGGUGGGCUGUUGGCAGUCUCAAAUGCGCUUCGUCACGGGAAGUCGCGAUCCGGGUUAUUGCUUUAUUCUCUGUUGAAGUAGUUUGAGGACUGUUGAUGGGCAGGACAGAACACUGAGCAGGGCGGGUCUGAGUUCCUGAUGGUGCUAGCUAGCUGCUAGUCAGGCGACGUGAUGACCAUCUGGUGUGCGUCAGGUUGGGGCAUUGAACGCACCUGUGCUUGCUGAACCCCUCCCUGCUCACUGGCUCGGCAGGCCACUGCGAUGACGGGGUUGGGCCAGGGCUGCUACUGUCGUGGUCAAUGUGGUUCUGCAUUGUUCUUUCGAACGCCCUGCAACAAGGACCGCCGAAGUUAUGAACCAGCACAAUGUACACGGUAGCGCAAUCUGUGUUACCCAUGCGAGUCUCCAUCAAUCCCAGCGCCCUGUUCGUGAAUU